GCGGGGCGGGGCUGGGGCGGGGCGGCCGGUCAGCGGUGGCCGGGGAUGGCUGCUGAUGGGGCUGUGUGCUUCGGGGUGGCUGUAGGCAGUCGGGAGUGACGCUGCGGGGUGUGCGGCGCUGGCCUGGGACUAAAUGCGUCCUGCCCUGGGCUUUGGAGGAGGUGUUGUUGCACGUGAGGAGCGGCGCCCGGCUGUUGGAUCCCGCUUGGAGAAGAUAAGAAAUCAGUCUGCAGGCUGUAAGUCAGAGGAAAUGGAAGAGAGGAAAAUCAAGAGGAGAAGCCCCAAGUCAUCCACCGCCCACCCCGUGCAGGUUGCGAACUCCAAGAAGAGCUCUGUGCCCGUCAGCAAAAGCACCGCCUUCUCCAAUCCCGCGCCACAGCCGCCGGGGCAAAAACCAAAGCUAAAACGAGUAAUAAAAGAGAAAACUAAACCUCCAGGAGGAGAAGCAAAAGGGGCACAAGCAGCACCAAUCCAGCAUUCGUUCCUCACAGAUGUGUCAGAUGUCCAGGAAAUGGAAAGGGGACUGCUCAGCCUCCUGAAUGACUUCCACUCUGGCAAACUUCAAGCAUUUGGAAAUGAAUGUUCCAUAGAGCAAAUGGAGCACGUGCGGAGCAUGCAGGAGAAACUUGCCCGCCUCAAUCUGGAGCUGUAUGGGGAGCUGGAAGAACUCCCGGAAGAUAAAAGAAAACUAGCCAGUGACUCCAAUCUGGAUAGGCUGCUAUCAGACCUGGAAGAACUGAAUUCAUCUAUCCAAAAACUACAUUUAGCAGAUGCUCAAGAUAUUCCAAAUAGCACCACGGGCUGAAGAAACUGCUUUCUCAGUUUGGGUUCUCGCAUAAGCUUUUCUUUUGUGUUUGUUUUUUUUUCUUGCCACUGGAAUCUGGAAUUGGUAGCUUUUAAUUAUUUAUUACUUUACACAAUGAAGAAUCAAAGUGCAAAUCCAGGUGUUUACUUUUGCACAUUCCUUUGAGUACUGCAUUACAUCAGGACUCAGUCUCUAGAGAUUUAAGCAGGCUGUUGUGAUGGUGUGCUUCAUAUCAUUGCCUUAUUUAAUAGGAAAACACUGGGAAACACAGAAGUAAAUUUAUUCUGCUGUAUUGUUCAUAUUGUUGCAGAUGAUGUAUGAGUUCAUUAGCAUUUCUCCAAAUUUUGUGAAGGUAAUGCUGUUGUUGCCUUUCUGAUCAGUACAUAGACAAUCUGCACACUAUGUUUAGUGUGUUUUGUUGACCAGUGCUGCCACUGAGAUUUUAUUGUGAAUAAAGACAUUUUAAAAAUAUAUAAGAUUUUAUUUGGAGAAGUUAUCUAUUCAGCUGUGUUAAGAAUUCUUGCAUGGUCUGAAUAUUUUCAGGGUUUACUGUUUUCAUUACUGUGAAUAAUUAUUAGUUCUGUCACUAAACAGAACAAGCAUGCAUGCUAGAAUACAUAUAAUUUAAUUAAGUUCCAUCACAUUCAGAAUAAGGUCAUUGUUCAAUAAAUCUUUUAUGUGUAAUUUUGCAGUUGUUCCUGUAUUACAAAUGAUCUGGUAGAAGUUGAUAUCGUAUUCACAGCCAGGGGGAAAAAAAGCCUGUAUCUGUGUAAAACAAUCUGUUUUCAGAUCCAGAAUUUCUAUCUUCACUCAUCAAACUAUGCCUUUGGUUUUAGAUUUUUUUUAUGUUGUUCUUAAGUAAUACACUGAGAUUCUAUCCUGUACAUACUUACAGUAUGAGGGUAAAAAUCGUUAUUCUUCUACUUAAGAACAAAGCAUCUGUCCAUUGUAGGCAAGCCAACAGUGAAUAAAAGAUACCAAACUGGAGAAGAUGCUUCAGCUUUAAGACAGUUGAAAAUUCCAUUAGCUGCAGCUCCACACACAGCACCAAGUCUGCACUGUGAAGCUGAAGAGAGGAAGGAUUUUUGAACACCAGUGUGCUGUGGCUUUGGCUCCAAAUCCAGCUUUAAAUACUUGUAUUUCCUACCUCAUCUAACAGGCAUAUCUCAAUGGUGAGCCAGUGUGGUCCCAAGAGGCUUUUCCUUUAGGAUAUUCUUGUUCUCUUCACAAUUUACCUCCUUCUUUAAGAUUCUUUAGGGGUUUUGCAUACUGCUUAAACUACCUCCAAGUCUCAGACUGAUACUGGAUACUGGUACUUCUGAUGUUAUGAGGAACAAUUUAGAACUAGAAUAUAACAUGCAAAAUGAGCCCUAGUUAUUUGUCUUCUCUUCACUAGGAACUUUUCACUGUCAGUGCUAUCACCCUGUGUUUGCAUACUUCAAAACAUCAAGCAAAAUUUGCAGCACUAGUUUUAGCUUCGUACCUCAAGAGAUGCUAAGACCUGAUGCUAGUUAGGGUGGCAGAAAUCAUUAUAGCUGCAUUUAAACAAGCAAAAUUACAUUCCCUCUGCUAACUUUUGGUUCAGGAGAGGAAAGCAAAGCCUCUGGAGACUAAGCAUGUCUUCACAUGGUAACAAACUGAUCACAUUUCUAAGCUCUUGAAUUACUUAGUGUAACAUAUCUGCAGGCAGCCUCUUACAAUUAUAAAAUUAUAAUUAUAAGCCAUAAGUGGCUGCAGAAAAUUAAUUUCUUUUCUGUUACCUUGUUUCCUGAAGAGUUGUUUAUGGAGAUAAAAAUGUAUCAAUCUUGAAUGCUUUCUACUCAGAACAUGCACGGUCACGGAAAUGAUAGUCAAAAAGAGACGCCAUUUCCUGCAUUGCCAGUCUAGAUUACCUUACUCCAAGAGACUUCUGUUGAACAUCAAUGAGCCAAAAGAAGAAAAUAGAAGCCAAGAAGAAAGACUAAGAAAAAGAUGUCUCCUCCAAAUCCCCUUUUCUCAGACAAGUCACUGGUAUUAACUGCCUCUUUCUUCAAAAGUAGUGAGACAAAGUGUUUAGGCAGAUCUUCUUUUCAGCAGAUAAACAGGACACUAAAAAUAAUGCUUAGGUUUUGACCUAAGCAGAUAACCACUGAUUUUAUUUUUUCUGAGCAAGUUUGUUAAGAUGUGCUGUGCUGUCUCCCUGCAGAGUUAUGUUUGGAAAUUCUUGUGUGAAGUAAAGGCAACUUUUUCAAGGCAUGGUUCUACUAGCAUUCCACACAUUUGAUUUUACAACUAUGGAAAUGCAAGGGUACAAGAAUCAAAGGCAUAAGAACAAGGUCGCCUGAAAAGGUGACAAAGCUGACCUGGUUAAAAAAUUGGAUCAUGAUCUUAGAGAGAUUUAGUCUCCCAGGGGUCCUGUCUUGGGACUGGUGCUCUUCAUCAAGAGCUUAGACAGCAGGAUUGAGUACAUCCCUAGCAAGUUUGCUGAUGAUGCCAAGCUGAGCAAUGCAGUUGAUACAACAGAAGGAAGGGACGCCAUCCAGAGGGACCUUGAGAGGCCUGAAAAGUGGGCCCAUGUGAACCUGAUGAGUUUCAACAAGGCCAAUUGCAAGGUGUUGCAGUUGGGCUGGGCAAUCACAGACUGGGAGAACUCAUUGAGAGCAGCCCUGCAGAGAAGGACUUGGGGGUGCUGGUGUGAAAAAGCUGGACGCAAGCCUGCAGCGUGUGCUUGCAGUCCAGAAGGUCAACUGUAUCCUGGGCUGCAUCAAAAGGGGUGGCGUGGUUAAGUUCACUGUCAGUGAUCUGUGCCUCAUGCAGUCACUCUGUUGUCAUCACAGAACACGAGAUUUCCUACCAGACAGCCUCACUCACUAUAAAAAGACAGUGAGAAUAUUAAAUAGGAACAAAUACAUAUCAAAUGCUCUCUUCACUUCCUAGAAGUACCAAACAGCGUGCAGUAUGAAACUUAGUAGGAUCAAGAGAUCGGACAGGCCAAGUAGGCAACUGCACAGUAAAUGGAAAGAUGUUUUAAUAUACAUGCAUCGAUAAAGCAGAACAAUCUAAAUGCAAUCCUAGGUUUCAGCUGGCUUAUGGCAAGGGACUGUCACAGUUUACCAAUUGUUGUGCUCAUGAAGAAGCAAAACUGCAUCUGAUGCGUUCUUGGCAAUAGGAGGCAAAGCAUUCACAGGAAAGCCAAUAGCCGUAUAUAGAAGAAAGAGUUGAACACACCCAACUGGUAAAAGGACUUUCUAGCUAUGCAGCACUCCUCAGGAAAUAGCCUAGGGCCAGGAGAUGCUCUCCCUCCAAUGGGUGGCCUUAUAUGAGUCCAGGGUGACUCAACCCUGGGUCCACCCUUUCUGGUCAGGUGGGGAGCACAGGUGCAAAUAAUUUGCCUGUGCUCCCUGGGCCAGACAAACCCUUCACCAGGUGCUCCAUCACCAGUUCAAGCCCUGACCUAACAGUUCCCUUAUGCCAAUGGUUGGAGUAAAUGCAAACAAGCCGCAGAUCUCUGUUUUCAUUUGUACAUUCCACUCUAGAAAGGUUUUGUAUUGUGGCCAACAGGUUGGUUGCAUGUUGGCUCCUUUGUUUUUGCAUGCAAUAUUACAUGAACUUAGUUUGUAAUAAAAAAAUUUCAAACUACGACUGUUGCAUAUUAUCUCUGUAUUGUUACACCAUAUUAUGUAAUUAAAAAUUGUUAAAAGCUUGCAGAACAACAACAAAAGAACACUGUGCCAAACCAUGCCUCUUCAGAAUCGUUUCGGAAGAAAUAAAAGGGUGCUUCUGUUUUGAUCUUGCAGACAAACCAAAUUGAAUCGUUUUUUUUAGAAAACUGUUAGGUGUUCAAAAUACAGGAGAUAAUUUCAACACAAAAUACAGAAAUGACUCUCAGAAUGCAAUAAUUAGUAAGGGUGACAGAACGCACAGCACAUAAGUAUCAAAAAUGCAGAUGUCUGUGCUCACCUGAUGUGGCCUUUGUGCACAAACAUAACAGAUCUCAACAGAGGAUCUCAGCUUCUUUCUUCAUCCUAAUGAAUUAACAUCUUUGCCUUCUGAAGCAGUUGUAAUCACCAUCUUCUGUGCCAGAAGCCCUUGCAGUUGAUGGGUUGUAAAAUCUAAUGUGCUUUAAUGGAAACCACGAGGGUUUUACCCAUGGAAUGUGACUGAAAUCUGAAGUUCACUAUAGACUAGUUUUCUAAGGCAAGGCUGCCUGUCUAUGACUGAUUUUGAUAUCUAUUCAUUACUCUUUGUCACUCACAUUUGAAAGCCUUACCACUCUGGGAAGAGAUCAAAGUGUGAGAAGUAUGGAUAUACAAGGAAAGUGACCACUAGUCAUUUGCACUUAGCAAACAUGAACAUUUUAAACAUCCUGCUUCCCAUAUAAGAACAGCACUAAAUAGCUCUCCAUUUUUAAACCUAUUAAAAUAUUCAAACAGGUUGGCUGAACUGUGCACAUUCAUAAAUCUGAAGUAUCACUUUGUUAGCUAUUGAAUCGGUCCUUCUUCCAGAACAACCAGGUCUUCGAUAGCAAACAGAACAUUUUUCAACAGAACACUCCUUUCCUUCCACGAAUGUAUUUAGCAAAGUGUUGGUGAGCUGGAUCCUGAGUAAAAGAACCCCCACCACAAAGGCUCUCUGGGGAGGGUUUUCAGAAACAUUUCAGAGUGCGUGUUGGAAAGCGCAACAAAACCUGACCACCAUCAGGCUGGCAGGACUGCAACCUCACAAAUUAAAAUGCUGCUCACUCUUCGCUGUCUCUCCCAAGUGCAAGAAGCCUAACAAAUAGCAGCAGGGUGCAGCAGUGGGAGAUUCAAACAUCUUUACCACAUCGCUUGGAAAGGCAAUAAUGGCACACACUUGGAAGAGCAAGGAAGGCAGGUUCUUCUCAUUAAUACCCAACUUUUUAACAUGAUUUAGCAAGCACCGUCUCCACAUAGAAUUUGGAAAAUAUAAAAAAAAGAUGCAAACGUUAGAAUGGUUCCUCUCUAUCAGGAUAGUAUCAGGGAGAUCACUUUUUUCUUUAAUGUCCAGCAUUCGCACGGUGCUGUGCCUGCAUUAGCUGAGGCUUUGCCUGUGCUGUGAAACACGGAGCGAGCAAUGUCAAGGCAAGCGGGCUGGGGGGGAUGUAGCCAGCACAGCCUACUGAACCAUCCCCACUGCACAGUGUUCUGCUCAGCAGUGUGAGCUCAGGGAAGGUUGGAGGAAGGUCAUUACUGGUCAUAAACAGUUAAAGCAGAUCGACAUUUAUUAUUUUGUAGGGUCAGGCCAGUUCACCUUUGCUGCCAUCAGCUAAAAUAAAAUAAAUGCUGUUUGAGAGUUGGAAUAGACUUCAGCUGAUAGGUUAAUUAACUUUUUCAGAUAAAAUGACACAAGUAAAACAGUAUUACUUAACACCUGGAGGGAAUAACAGCCUAGAGUUACAACAACAUCUGUUCUCAUGUUAACAACUGUGACGUGCUACAAAUAUUCACGCAGCGUUCAGUCAGGUGAUUCUCCUGUGUCUAAUACCAUUGUGUUCCUCUUUUCAUCUCCCCUGACUGGAACCCUUAUUCACAGUGUCUCCUGAAGAGCAGCUGCUGAAUGCACUUUGUAUUGCCAAGGUGAAGUACAGGAGAAAUCAAGGGAUUCUCUCUGAUCUGUGCCUUAUAAUCUUAAGUAAAACUGAGUUCCACUCCCGCAAUCUCCAGCACAAAGGCAGAUUUUUCCUUUUUAAAUUACCAAUAUAGUUAAGUAUUUGAAAAGACCUCUGUUCGCUCUGCCAUGAUUGGUAUAUUCCCAGCAUAUUCUUUAGGUUUUGACUAAAUGCAAACCUGGAUCCUGAGAAGCAUUUUUGAGAUACAAAUUUCUAUAUACAUCGUAGCGGAUGAAAACAAGCAGGAAAACAGACACAGAAAUGCACAUAUUUCUGGAGUAAUUGCUACUUUUUCCUAAGCAGGUGCCUACAAAAUUCUUGUUUUUGAAUAUGUAAGCCGAAUUCAAAGCUGAAUGCCUAGGUGCCUCAGUGAGUUCAUCAUUUUGAUUCAUGUACUUUUAGCACCAAAUAAUCCUUCAAUCCUCUGUUGUCCUUUGAUUUAAAAACAAACAACUAAAUCUACCUUUUCAACAAAGUCUGAAACAGCCUAGUAUGCAAUCUUGAAGUAAAGUCUUUUAAUCCCAUUAGCUAACCAUAAAAACUUCAGUAAGAUACACUGUAGUAAUGACAAAUGAUUCCCGAUCAGGCAUGUUUGGCAGUCAGGAGACCCUAGCAAGUGUUCAUAUACACAAAUGUCCACAAUUUACAGCAACUGUUGUAGCACUCAUUCCACUCCCACCUCCAACUGUAUGCCGGGAGUAUAUCAUUGAUGUUGGUGUCUCCUUUCUCAGAAGGCAGCUGUUCUUUCAGAUGUAGUCUCUUAUUUGUCUUCUGAAUGGAUACAAGAGGCAACAGGCUCCUCAUAGAAGAAAUUCCUGAUUCCAAGUGUGGUUCCCUACUGCAACAUAUACAUUGAACGCAUUCUGCUACAUGAACCAUCCAUAACCUCUUCUGUCAGUUUAAACGCAGUCUUACUUGAACCAAAAAGAGAAACAGUCAGAUCUUUAAUGUUAGAUGAAAAAAAAACCCUGUAAGUCAGUAUUAAACUCUCUCCUGAAAUAAUCAAAUUUCAAAAAGCAGUUAUUUCAAAGGAACCAGUGGAAAAAAGGGUCUGUACUUUCCAUUGGUACUAUGUACAAGGAUAACACCAUACGCUCUCCUUUGGCUGUUGACAAACAUUUUUAACAUUGACAUUUUUCAACAUUAACAUUUUUAACAUUGCUCCCAUACAACAGCUACAGUUAGCAGCUUCCACUUCAACAAAUAUUAACAGAACACAACCAUUUAAAUAAUAUUAAUAGAGAAACAAGUAUUAGACUUUCACGUGCUUUAUUUCUAGAGAACUGUACCAUUAGUUCAUCAAUUGCAUUGCUAAACAUGCUGGAAUUCUGCUUAUGUUAAUUAAGUUGCAUGGCUCUAAAAAUGGAGUUCUGAAGAGUAGAACUGAAUAUUCAACAGCAUAUGAAUUGCUUUAUGAAGUACUUAAACUACACUGCACUAUUUCUCACUGAGGAAAAUAAGACUGUUUCCUGUUUUGUUCAACUAGAAACAGUCAGGAGAACUCUGAUACUUUUUUUCUUUCAGGUAGAAAUUAUUUUGAAAACAUAAAAUUGCUUUUAAACAUCAACUCUGAGCAUAGAUGAAUCCAGGACGAGCAACUCAACUCGUCUUUGCCCUAAACAGAAGACAGAAACACAGAAGAGCCCACUCAUAAGGGACAGAGACACAGGAAACAAUGCUGAAAAUUUAUUUUCUUUAGUUUAUCCCACAUACAACAUUUUUAGCAUUAAAAGAUCCCUCAGCUCAGGUAGUAAACAACUGCAAGUAAAGUGAGGGGCAAAGUACAAAGAGCCUCAGAACACCGGACUUAAAUUGGUUCUACCUAAACACACCGCUUUAAUCAAGGUGGCUUUUCUAUUUCGCAUUUUGGAAAUCAUCUCUGCAGUUCAAAGAUGAACAAUGGAGAGAAAAAUCAAUUGAAAAGCAGGUGGAAAAAGCAGGUGGAAUGAAGAAACAGGCACAUCAGUAGCAGAAAAAGGCAAAUCAAACGAGAAAGCAGGUACCUCUCCAGUCUCAUAAUCCAAAGCAAAUCAUUUUGCAGGUGUUUAAGGAGUGCGUGUUGUUAUUAAAUACUAACGGCUAUUUAAUAAUCUACGUGUAGUACAGUACAGAGAACAUCUUUUGCACUGCACAUAAUUCCUUGCCCCGAAGAACUUACAAUCUAAAUUCAUAAAUAAUGCCAUCAAGUAGCUGGAUUAAGAUUAAAUAAAUGGAGAAGACAAGUAAGUAAUUGCCUAAGGUAUUAAAGCUGGGUUACGCUACUUAGUGAGGUAUCUUCUGAGCACUGUUGGCAUUGAUGUUCUUAAAACCUAGGUUAUUUUUCAAUUAGAAGCUCUUCUGAUAAAAAAAAAAAAGGUUAAAAAAUGUACUAAACGAUGCAUUAAAAAUAAACCACAAAAUCUCUUAAAAUAGACUUGUUGGAAAGAUAUAAAAAUGUUCAAUCUUGCUAAAUUCUUCACUUACGACGCUACAUAACAGAGCACUCUGCUAGAAAGAUACAGACGAGAAGACUGUGUACACAUUAGAAUGUAAAAGGCUCUUUAACCUUUAGCUUAAAAUGUCAAACUCUUGAUUAAUGAAUCUUGCUGUUACACACACAGGCUUAAUACUAAAAACACUAUUAUAAAAAUAGCUCUAUUUUCAAAAUGCAUUUAACUUUAAACUUGAUUUAAAAUCAAUGUAUUUUGAUUACAAUGAAGUGACCCACUUUGCAUUCUUUUAACAAACAGUGUACUUGCUACCUGACAAAAUGCAACAGAUGUGAAUAAUCCAUUACCUUCAAGGUUCUGGUUGUUUUGCUUUUCUCCUCUGUUGCAUAACCCUGGUUAUAUCUGUUUUCUGUUGAUGUUGUUGUUGUUUGUUUUUUGCUGUUACUUUUUCUUGCAAUCAAAGGUUUGCACUUAAUCUAUUAGCGUCCAAGAUGCAGUUGAAAUGUAAUCUUCGCAAUGCAAUUUAGGUACCAUUUCUUAAAUCCAUUUACACAGAAGCAGAAAAUAUCUUCCUUACAUGCAACUAUGACCCUCUUGGCUUUCAUACCAGGGAACCCUGUGUUGGAUGACAUAUAAGCCACCUGUAACACUUUGUCUGAAGUGUUGGAAUAAUUUUAGCAAUAAAGAAUUAUCAGUCUGCAGAUGAUAACAAAAAAGGGAAAUAGCUCAUUUUCAUGGGAACAAAUUGCAUAUCCAGCAAAAGAAAGAAAAUCUGACUUGAGCUAUCCUUUUGCAACAGAAGCAAACGUUAAGAGAAUUUCAUGUAAGUGUAAGAGUGAGACAGUGAAGAUAAAGACUUCUAACACAUAAUUCAUUCAGUUUUAAUUUUCAAAAAUACUCUCAAGGAAAUCAAACUAGAAAAAUAAAGACUAGGGAAGUAUACAAUUCUUUGACCCAAGUCAGUACCAGCAUUUACUUCUUAAAAGUCACAGCUACAUUUAAUUUGCUGAUGAGAGGAUACAAAAGGAAUAUAGCCACAGAUUACCAAGAGAAGUCAACUGUUUCUGACCAACAGCUGGAGAUACACGGGGAAAGAAAAUGGUCAAGAGAUUAUGCAAUUAUCUUGUCACACAUGCCACAAAACUACAAAAAGUCCCUGCAAAGCCCCACCCCAUUUGAAUGAGUUCCAAUUCCCACGUAAAGAUGAAUCAACAAAAUUAAAAUAUUGUGCUGUUUUAUUGGUGUAAAAAUCACACAAUUGCUAGUUCUGAUUCUGCAGAGAUACAUCCAUGCAGUUAAACAUCUAUGAUCCCACAGCCAGAAGAAGCCAUUAAAUAGAACAUCUGCUGUUAGUCAGCAAUUAAUGCAAAUUUACAUAUGAGAUCAAAAGGUGUGUAUCAUACAAUAUACAACAAAUCCUAAUACAGUACAUCAACCUGAAUAGCAGGAUACACUCAGAGAACUCAGUUAAUAGUGAAGCCUGUCUAUAUGCCAGAGAAAUAAGGCCGGUAUCCCAGAAUUCCUAAGAAGCAAACCGUUCUUUAAAAAAAAAAAAAAGUUUUUUUGGCUGGGAAUUGACACAUUACUUGACAAUACGUUUUGUUAUAGUGAAGACUGGUGGAUAUGAUCUGUUAUUAAAAGGUAAUGUGUGAAACAUGCAAUUACAGGUGGUGCUUAGGAAAUGUGCAAUUAUUAUGUCAGGGAUUUACACCCACCUCCUUCACAAAAAGGUCUGAAAAGGGUUUGUUUGAGAGACCACCAAUUGUACCAUAAGUCUUCACAUGCAUGCAGCUGAAUCAGGGUCAUGAAUGGAUAAAAUGUGAACACCUGGCAAACCGUGUUUAGGUACUCUGUAAUGUAUACAACAGAAAUAUGAAACCAAAUCCAGUUGAUACUGAGAACAGCCUGCAAGAACUCUGACAACCUGUUUAAACUGGCUUAUUGCAAAGAGGCAGGCUUUCUAGAAUUGUGAACAUCUUUCAAAUUGUGGAAGGCAGUUUGGGAGGUAAUAUUGGCUGAUGACAGAUUUUUUUCUCUUUUCUGGCACACUAAAAUAAAUGCCACAGCAAAGGAAGAAUUUGUGUGUUGUUUCAAGUCAACUGAUCAGCGAUCCUCCUCUGCAAGAUGUUUCAACAGGAAAGAAAAGAAACCACUAUGAAGUUCCAGUUGGAAAUUUUGGCGACAAACUCUGCAAACUCAAGUCCAACAAAGGUCACGGAUGUCCACAGAAAACGAUGUGAGAGGCAGUGUCACAUUGAAGGAAAAAGGUUUUUCUUUUUUUUUUUUUUUU